AUGAAGCCCCCACUGUCUCGACUUCCACCUGAGGACGGCUUGCCCGCGUACCAAGACGCACAAGACUUCUUUGGCGAGAUUUGGGUCAAAUACCCUCUUGCGACACACGUGACCCCCAUCUACCUGGGACAGACAUUCCUGUCGCUCAUCAAGCUUCGAUGCAUCAUGAACGACAUAGCCGGAAAGGCUCUUCCAGAGGACGAUGGAGAUAACAAUCUCGAUAUUGAGCAGGCCAGUCGUUAUCACUACAUGCUGGUACAAUGGUUCCGUGAUCUUCCGGAACCGUUACAGCCACAGAAUGCCGCCAUGCCGACACAGCUUCUGCUACACAUGCAGUUCCACAACCUCGUUACCAUGACCUUCCAACCGUUCCUGGAAAAGGAAAAGUCUCUCAACUGGCCCAACAAUAGUGGCGCAUUCCAAAAGUAUACAGGCUUCAGUCCGGCUCAACUAUAUGCUGCCUCGAAAGCGAGUCUGCAGACGCUUCUCCACAUGUUCUUCCACCGUCACGGUUUCGAGGCAUACUACAUAUUCCUACUCCAGGUCCUCGUCCAGCUAGGCUUCGAUUCGAUCGAGCGUCUACGCACCCCGGAAGCGCAACAAGAGCAUUUCCCAGCCAUAAUGAAAGCCACACGAGCCACGCUCAUAUUGUGCGCCAAGGGCUUGCGCGACCAAGGCCAUAACUUCUUCUUAUCUGAACUCGUAUUCCGCAUUCUGCGCGACAAGAUGAAUCCGGUAGACGUCAAGCUGCUCAAGGACUGGGCGCACAUCAAGGACGAAGAUGACAGGGAGAGGUCGAUGAUGGAACACGUCUAUGGCGAAUACCCUGUCAACGUAGAGUCCAUCACCUCGGAUCCGACCGAGCAACGUCUGAAUCGGCUGUUGCAGACUAUGGCUGAUCUCAAGCUUCCCAACGAUACUGCUGAGCCAACUCAGCAAGACAGGGCAUCGAGGACAUGGCGAAGCAUCGUUUUUUGA